AUGUUGGGAUGUGAUGGCAGCAAACUGGAUUCUAGCAAAGAGUUUGGGAUUUCAAAUGACAGCAACGAGGAAAGCUCCAACUGUGACAAUGGAUCUCCAAAGAAAGGCAGAGGAGCUACAGGAAAGAGGAGGAAAGCCCCACGCAAGAAAAGUCCCCUGGGUGGGGUUAACCAUGAAGGGAAGCAGGUCCAGAGGAAUGCUGCCAAUGCCAGGGAGAGAGCCAGGAUGAGGGUACUCAGCAAAGCUUUCUCCAGACUCAAGACUACCUUACCCUGGGUACCACCGGACACUAAGCUCUCCAAGCUGGACACCCUCAGGCUGGCUUCAAGCUAUAUUGCUCAUCUGAGGCAGAUACUAGCCAAUGACAAGUAUGAGAAUGGAUAUAUCCAUCCUGUCAACCUGACAUGGCCGUUUAUGGUGGCUGGAAAACCUGAAAAUGACCUCAAAGAGGUGGUGGGCUCAAGUCGCCUAUGUGGGACUACUGCAUCAUGA